AUGCGAGCGAGAGGGCUGUGGACCAAGGUGCGAGUGGUGGUGAUUCUCAAUCAAUUGCUCGGACGCGUGCGGCGGGGCGAGAAGUUUGAAAAGCUGCACGAUAAGGAUAAGCUUCUGAUCGAGUUCGUGGGGGUGACGGGGAGGGAUAUUAGGGAUGAGAUUCGCCGCGUGCAGGAAAAGUUUAGCGCGCCGACGAAGAGAAAGACGCUGUUGGCUUUGACGCUCAGGCAAAAGGUUUAUCUCGCGCUCACGGAGCCGUCGUCGGGAAGGCUGGCCUUGUCGAUCAGUGCGUUGAUGUUUACGUUGAUUUUCGUGUCGAUCAGCUCUUUCAUCGCGAGUACAAUGCCGGAGCACUCGGGGAAGGCGAGUUUGGACAUCAUAGAGAUGGUGUGUCAGCUGAUCUUUUCUCUCGAGUACGCGCUGAAGAUAUGUUGCGCGCCAAAGCGGUGGAUGGCGGUGAAGGACCCGCUCAACUUGAUCGACCUGGCGUCCAUUAUUCCGUGGUACGCCGAGAUAGCGAUUUCAGGCUUGCAAUUUGGUUACGAGGGAGCGGAAAGCUCAUCGUCGACAUCCAGUGCGCGAGUUUUGCGAAUCUUUAGACUGUUUCGCGUCAUCAAGGUGUUCCGACUCGGUAGUCGGGCGAAGAAAAUCCAAGUGGUCUUGAUCGCCGUGCAAGACAGCGCGGACAUGUUCGUCGUGCUAGGGUUUCUACUUGCUUUAGGACUGGUGAUGUUCAGUGCGUUGAUAUACUUUGCCGAAAACGGACAAAGCCCGCCGACGAACGCGUGGGACGCCAACGAAGGCGACGAGUUUGAUUCCAUUCCGAGCGCGUUUUGGUGGUGCAUGGUUACUUUGAUGACCGUGGGCUACGGUGAUGCCGUGCCGACGACGAUUUGGGGUAAAUCUGUCGCGGCGAUCACGAUGUUAGGUUCCGUGGUGAUCACCGCGCUCCCGAUUUCUGUCAUCGGCGCCAACUUCACGCAGCAGUGGCUCGCGUUCAAGGCGAAGGAGCAUCGCAAAGUUGUCAGGCUGAACAUCAAAGAUCAUUCAGAGCUGCUGCUCAAAGAGAUGUACGCAUACUCACAAGUGGUCAGCGCUUUGAGCGAUCACAUCAGCGCGAUUCAGAACGCCAUCAUCCGCGAAGUUGGCGUCGUUCGCAAAUUGCUCGACGACGUUCUGCAGAUGGCGCCAACGUCUUCACAGGAGGAGGUCACGAUACUUGCUCGCACGGUGGAUUAUCGUUUCAGCAAAAUAGAAGACAUGAAGGAGGAGCUAGAAGAAUUAGUUGAGACUUAUGACCUGGUGUCACACACGGAGUUUUCAGUUUCACUGCAAGAACUUAAGGCGAUCGGGAACAAGAUGCGAAAACUGGAGGAAACGGGCAGCUUGUUGGACGAUGAUGUAGAAACAUUGGUGCAAUCCACGUCGGCAUUGCGCUCGCAGCUUGCCCGCGUGAAAGAAAUUUUGGAUCACACGCGAAGCAACACUCCGAUGACCAAGGCCGCGGAAUUAGCGAGUGAGCCCGCACGGAGCGGGCUCUAG